UGAGUCAGCGGAAGCGAACGUCGUCGUCGGAGCAGCAGAAACAUUCGUCGUGUGUGCCGCCAGUUUCGGUUGAAAACUGCAAAUGCAAAGAGACAGGUUGCCUGCCGGAUUUAAGUUGCAGCCCAUUUCGUAACAGUUAAAAAGUGUGUGUGCAUAGUUUAAGCCAUUGCGAAACAGUGUUCACUAAAGUGGGAAAAAAAUAGCAAACAAACCAGCGACAUUUGUGGCCCGAAAAAAAACACGUAGAUUAAUUGAUUUAUGCCUGUGACCUUUGCACAGCACACCUGUUGCUUUCGUGCCGAAAGGAGCUGGAUACGGCAUUUAUAUAAGAUGCUUUGAAUGUUUGAGGCAAGAUAAAUGAAGUACCAAUGAUCAUGCAGGAUAUACGCCUACGCCUGGAACCACAGCACAGUAAAGCCACAUUCAUAUCCUCCUCCUCGGCCUCAUCGUCCUCAUCCCAAACAGCUGAGACCACGCUGAUUGAGACAGCUGAGAAGUCGCCAGCCAGUGAAGCAGCUGCUGGAGCAGUGACAACGACAUCGCCGCAGCAUUACUUUCAUCAUCAUCAUCCGCCGGCGCAUCCGCAUCCGCAGCCCCAGCCCCGCCAGCAGCCGCAUCCGCAUAGCCACUCGCAUCCGCAUUCGCAACUCCAGCGCCGCCCGGUGGAGCAGCUGCAUCGGCUGCAUAGCCACCACGAUGUCCAGGAGCUGUCCGGACAGGAGCAUCCACAUCCGCAUCCGCAUCCCCACCAUCUGCGCUCGCCCAGCUCUGAGGAGGAUAAUUCGCCCACAGAAAUGAAUAAUUGCCGUCGUUUGGUGGAUAAGCCGCCGCUGGUGAAACGCCUGACCAUGGGCAUUGGAUUGCUGCGGGGCACCGAGGACAGCCGCCCUCUGAUGCACAGCACAUGCGGCUCCUCGCUGACCUCCGGAUCCGGCUGUGGGUCCACUCAGACCAUCUCCGAUGGCUAUGUGAACGAGGCCAUCUGCGAGCCGGACAAGUACGUGGCCAGCAAGUUCGGCGACUCCUGCCGCCAGUCACUGUCCGCACUGGAGAGUGCCACCCAGCGGCUGCAGGUGGAGCUGCCCGCCGCCAGCAAGAAGUAUCUGAGGGAGACGUGCAGCGCCAACUCCAGUCCGAAAAUGUUUCCCGGCCUCGGUGCCCUGCGCCUGGAUAAUCUCAGCCUAUCCGAGCAGCAGGAGCUUAAGGGGGCCGCCUGGUUUCAGGCGGGCAUUCCCCGGGAAAUAUCCCUGGAGGUCCUGUCCCGACAGAGUCCAGGUGCGUUUCUGGUGCGCCAGAGCAGCACUAAGCCGGGCUGUUUCGCCCUUUCGCUGCGAGUGCCACCUCCUUCACCGCGAGUGGCCCACUAUCUGAUCCUGCGGACGCAAAGGGGCUACAAGAUUAAGGGCUUCACCAAGGAGUUCAGCUCGCUGAAGGCGCUGAUCACGCACCACUCGGUGAUGCCGGAACUGCUGCCCGUGCCGCUGACCCUGCCACGCCCACCCAACACCCGAUCGCAGCGAUCGCAGGGCGCCUACGGCGCCGGAACCGGAAACGGGGGCGCGGACUUCGAGAUGUACGGCUCGCUGAACGACUUUCGCAAAAUGAUGGCCGAUUUGAAUGUGUGACCGCUGGGCGCUCUUAAUUAAUUAAGUAAUUAUGUCACGUUGAUUGAAUUAAGCUGCCCGGCUUGUCACAUUUUCCUGUGUCCUCUGUCGCGACAGGAUAACAAUCUGUUUAAUUUGCGUAAUUGGCUGUGCUGACGAUGGUUGACGUGGCUACCAAUAAAUAGGGUCCAUGUCCAUGUGUACUCGGGCCGGCAAAGGCCCACCUGUCCGACAGGUGCUGCAAAAAGUGCACAAAUUUUUUAUUAAAAUUGAUAAUAAAAUCAGCUACGUGGGCGGCUGCGACGGCUGUGGUUUCGCAGGGGCGUGUGUGCACACACAAAUAUAGGGAAUACGCUCAAAUCAUUUUUGCGAAACUUAUUAAAAAAUGGCAAAAACAUGCAAUAUGUAUACGCAAACAGACAUCAAGUGAUUAUUAUUUUUCGCGUUUUUAUCAAUUCUGCUCGUUUUGUACGGCUAGUGCUGAGUGGCAGAUGCAUCAGACAGACGUACUAUACAUAUCUGAAUGGGGGCAGUCGGAUUAAAUGUUAAUGUUUGGGCAGGGAAAUCGAGGGUCGGCUGCCGGGAUUUGGAGUGCGGAUGCGGAAUGGGCAAAGUGGAUUCUUUUUGUAUUUGAUGCACUCACAUUGCGGUGCAGUAGCUAGAUAGACUUAUACGGGAGGUAAAUGAAUAACCAAUUAUAUUGUAACUCUAUGUAUUUUGUAAUAAAGUUAAUCUUUCUACAUAGUA